GGGUAUUUCGGUAAUUAAAAGUCGAGGCCAUCGUCAUUGUUAUUGAACAGAUCAACCAUGAUUCAGCACAGUUUCCUACUUUCUAGAGAGAUAAGAGAGAGAUAGAGAGUGAAAAGAUCCCUUUCUUUGUGAGAAAAAGCGAGGGAAAAAUAUCCUUUGGAGGUUCACAGUUUCUGUAAAAAUGGUUGAUGUUGCCGACAAAUUGGGUUACUUCCAAGCGAUUACAGGUCUUGAAGAUCCCGAUUUGUGUACCGAGAUCCUCCAAGCCCAUAAUUGGGACCUCGAACUCGCAAUCUCCUCUUUCACAUCAUCGGACCCUCGCGAUGAUGUUGCCGCUUCGUCUUCUCACGUCGACGGUGGUAGCAAUCGCGAUCGCUCCGCCGCCUUUGCUGACACUGCGAAUCCCGGAUUGGACGAUUACCCUUCUCGCGGAAUCGUUGACGAUUCAGAACUCGUCCUGCGCGAUGACGAAGGAAGAGGAUUCAGACCUCCGGGAAUAGCUUGGAGGGUUAUCACUUUACCGAUUUCCAUCGUUUCCGGUAGCUUAGGGUUAGUUUCCGGCGCGAUCGGGUUCGGGUUUUGGGCUGCUGGUGGAGUUUUAUCGUAUUCGCUUGGUAUGUUAGGGUUUGGAUCGGGUCGAGGUGGUUCUGAGCCGUCGUCAUCAUCUGCUCGGAUUGCGUCGUCGUCGGUUUCUUCGGCGGCGGGUGAGGCAAUGGAGUUCGUCGCCUUGUUCGAUAGGGAUUACGGGAGAAACCCUUUCAAGCCUGAUUUUGUAUUGGAAGGUUUCAUGGACGCGCUUCAGAGGUCGAGGAGCUCGUUUAAGCUCUUGUUCGUUUACUUGCACUCUCCAGACCAUCCUGAUACGCCUGCGUUUUGCGACGGGACGCUCUGCAACGAAACGUUUGUGGCAUUUCUGAACGAGAAUUUUGUUACCUGGGGAGGUAGCAUUCGAUCUAGUGAAGGGUUUAAGAUGAGUAAUAGCUUGAAGGCUUCGAGGUUUCCCUUUUGCGCUGUGGUUAUGCCUGCUGCUAACCAGAGAAUCGCUCUUCUUCAACAGGUCGAGGGACCAAAAACUCCGGAAGAAAUGCUUACUAUACUGCAAAGAGUUGUAGAAGAUAGUUCACCUGUUCUGGUAACUGCUAGGGUUGAGGCGGAGGAAAGAAGAACCAAUUUGCGCCUGAGAGAGGAACAAGAUGCUGCUUACAGGGCUGCUCUUGAAGCCGAUCAAGCAAGGGAGCGACAGAGGCGAGAAGAGGAAGAGCGUUUAGAGAGGGAAGCUGCUGAAGCAGAGAGGAAACUCAAGGAAGAAGAAGAGGCUCAGGAGAGAGCAGAACGUGAAGCUGAAGAGAGAGAAGCUGCUAGAGUGAGAAUGAGACAAGAGAAAGCACUUGCUCUUGGAGACGAACCUGAGAAAGCACCUGAUGUUACACAAGUAAGCUAACCUUCUUCCUUGGCCCGUUCAUUGCUCAUUUUCAAAUCUUUUAUUGAUACUCAAAACCUCGUUUUGGUACGGUUCCCGAAUGGAGAAAGAAAGGGGAGGAGGUUUGAAAGCAAAACCAAGAUACAGACAUUGUACGACUACGUCGACUCACUUGGAGUGCUAGAUACAGAAGAAUACAGUUUAAUAACGAACUUCCCAAGGACAGUUUACGGAAGAGACAAACAGUCAAUGUCAUUGGAAGAGGCAGGUUUGCAUCCUCAGGCAAGUCUCUUUAUUGAGAUCAACUAAGUAAUCUUCUGUUUCUUUUUCCUUUUAGCCCCUCUUUUUUCAGGUUUCUCCAUCUCUUUCAAAAUAAUUAGUUUGUUGCUUCGAUGAUCCGAUGAACACAAUAUUACAUGUAUACACACGUAUAUUCAGAAGCUUUGUCAUAUAUUUAUUUCUUAAACUU